AUGUCUUUUUACGAGCCACAGGGAUGGCAAGCUCCUGUCCGGCAGGCGUCUUGGGAACAACCCCCGCCGCCGUCAAGGUCGGGCGCAAGUUCCACCUCACAACGCGAAGAUGGCAACGCCUUCGCCAUCCAAUUCGAAGAGGUGGACCGAGCCACGGAUAAUCUUCUCAAGAGCGGCAAGUUCUAUACUCCAGGCCCAAGGCCGAUGUCCAUGUCUGUGCCUGGCGGUCGGCCCGGAGGAGAUUUCGGGCCUCGUGUAUAUGGCGGACGCCAUACCGACUUCGACCCCUCUCGGCCCCAUACAGGCGCAAACCUCCAAAACUUUUAUGCUUCACAAAGGCACCAAGGGCGGCAACCUGAUCCCGAUCAGAUUGCACUAGCAAAAAGGAGGAUGGCGGCUCAGCGAGAGCGCGAGCUUCGCAAUUACCAUCAAGAACAACAAUACAAUCGAAGUGUAUUGGCGGAAAUGUCGUCCAGUAAAUCCGAUCGUUCGAUGAGCCCCAGCGCCUUGAGCGAGGAGGGCCGCCGGGAAUUGAUUGCCCGUCAGCAUCGUGCUUUGUACGGCGCCGAAAACUCCGCCUUUGUCGGUCAGAUUCCGUUCACCGCCGACGACGCCACCAGCCGAGACCAAGGAGCCACUGUUCCUACCAGCUCAGCAGGGGCUGCUCGAGGCCCGUCGCCUCGUGGAGUCGAUCCCUUCGGUAUCUCCGGCCAAGUCCAACAAAGCGAAGGCACUGCGCAAGGCGCUCCAGGUCAAGAUGGCUCCCGGGUCGAGAAGGCGGCCUCGCCUUCUGCACAAGCAUCAUCCGGAUUUGGGAACUUCGACCCCUCGAUGCAAUCCUCUGGCAAGGCGCCAACACCACCAUCUGGAGAGGAAUCGUCUCAUUCCCGACAAAUCUCCAAGUCCACGAUGGCGCCAGGCACUGGUGGUAUGGGCCCUAUUGGAAGUCGUCCCAAUGCGCAACAAGCGCCCAAUCAAUCCCUCAACAAGCGAACUACAUCACCACUUCCUUCGUCUUUGGGUUAUGGUUUUGGCUCAAACGAACAAAACGCCGACCGAGCGAAUUCGGCGAACUCAACUUCUAAUGCGACGAAAGAGUCAUCUGCGAAUUCUGGUACAGGAGCUUGGGGCACUGGAAGCGGGGUCUGGGGAUCUAACAAGAUCGGGGCCACCUCGGUCUGGGGUUGA